AUGGAGGGAGCCAUGCCGGAGCGCUUAAUCUCCCCAUAUACGGCAAUCAUCCGGCGUAGCGCGAACCCCUUCGAGUUAGCACAUGUACUGGUCUCAUGGCUCAUUGGGGCUGGUUACGAUGCCUACGUAGUGGUGGGAUGUGCCACCAGAGACGUCUGUAUGGCCAUCAGAUACCGCACCAUAUGUCCCGAUAUACCUGAUGAGAAUGAGGUCAUUGAGGAACCUCCACCGCCAGAAGAAGAGCCGCGGUACAAGCUGUUGCCGCUCCCAGACCUCACAUCUAAAUAUUGUAGGGACAUGGAUACCAAAGAAGCCAAUAAGAUACAAGGAGAAAAGGACAAGAUUGAAAGGGCGAGGCAAAAGAAAAUAGCUGAAUUAGAGAAACCACCCCCUGAUGAGAUGGAUGGAUGGCGCACACACGCGUGGAUACUGGUACUGCCUCACUUCAUGGGUGUCGAGGAACCGUUCUUCAUUGAGCCCAGUGAGGGUAACGGGUACCCACUGGACGCUAAGCAGUACCAACACAUCGAGAGCGUCUACAAUCAUGAGAAUUAUUAUGUAAAUGUCCAGAAGGAACCAGAAGAAAGUCUUGCAGAGCUGAACUAUGACCUCGCAGAUAUAUCUUGUUGGGAACAUCUCCUGGCUGGAGAACCCUUCUAUAGGCGUCAGCUCGUUGGCAUCGACACUAGUGACAAGAGAACUGCAGUGGACACUGAAAAGCACUUGGAUAUGCCGUUCAGCUGGGUUGAGAAGCUGGAUAUCACUGGGGAUGAAUAUGAACAGCGUUACCCAGGGAGCCACAAAGUCAUCCACUACAAAAGGGUGUUACUUGAGAAAUUCUCGCCGUAUUCCGAAAACGACGGGAUCGUGAAACGGGUUAAGAUAUUUGAAGACUACGCUCUCAGUAUCCCGCUGAUUACAUAUGAAUGGUAUAAGCAGAGAGAAGACAAAAUGGAUUUUGUAAGAUUGGAUCAUGUGACGCGACAGGUUAAGGAAACGUUUCUCGUCGGCAGAAGAGAUCACCUUUUGAAGCAUUCAUACGCCAUGGAAGCGCCACCUUGUUCAGUUGAGGGUGAUCGCGUGAUGGAGUUCAACUACUACCCUCGACUGGACCACCUUUUGAAACUGGUGUGCACUCCUCUGACAUUUGAAGAACAUUACAAAGAUCGGGAUGACAGAUUGGAAUCUCGCAUAAUAGUUUACACAGAAGGAACCAAACUCGAGCCAAAACGCCAAGUGAAGGACAUCACUGAAACUUACAGUCGAAACUACGACAUCCCAGCUAAUAAGGACAUUUGGAAGAAGAUCUUCCACAUUCAGGAAAAUACUAUUGAGCUCCUGUACCAGUACGCUUACAACUUUGUCACAAAUGAUACCAGGAGUUUCAUCAAACCGAACUUGGCAGAAACUGGCGGAAAAAUCCUGUUCUAUCCGGAUAAAACGUCUGGUUAUAUUGCGGAUCCGAAUGCACCUCAACCUCGCCCCCUAGACGUGUACUACGCUCUCUGUGAGAAUAUAGACUGGGAAUAUCAAACCACGAAGCACAUUAGAGAUCGGGAGACAGAUGUAAACAGCUACCUUCGACAAAGACACCGUGAACUGAAGGAACCAAUACUGUACGUCGCUCUCUUUGACACAGAGAGAAAUGAGGCUGCAAAGAAAGGCUGGACUGAGAGGGAAAUCCAAAAAGCUGAAGUGACAGAGAGAGAAAAGGAAGCUGAGAUCGAUCCUCUCGCUCCAUAUCUCGCUCGUAUGUUCGGUUCGGGACAUGGCACAGGCUCUCAAAUCUCCCUGAAAGAAGCUACGCUGAUCAGGGAACAGUGCAUCAACGACUUCAAAGCCAAACAGCUGGUCAGGCAGAAUUUAGUGCAAGAGAGAUUUGAUAAGUUCAAUGCUGAAUACAAAGCGAAGAGGCUGUGGUAUUUAGCCAACCAGUUCAUCCUCACGCCAGAAAAAGAGAGCGCCUACUUCGCUACAAGUGCGGAACUUUCCUUCAAAGUGCAUGCGUUGGAGGUGAGACUGACUCGCCACCGAGACCUGUCUGGACCUAGAUUCAAGGCCCUGUUAGAUUACCUGGACAAACACCCACUGCUCCAGGAGUUCAACAAAGCAACAUAUCUUCACUACCGGAAUGAAAGGGAUAGAAAAGCAUUUAACUUUUAACGGGCUUUAUUUUAAUAUAGUUGUACUGCAACGGUCGCUUUGAAUGCUGUUGAAGGUUAUGGGCCCCUAUUAUUGCUCGAAAGUAGUCGAGUAACGUGCACAAACCGUAGAACCUAUGUGAUUAGGUCUUAUGACAGCUGUAAAAUAACAAAAAUUUUGACAUGCAUUAUGCAUCACUUGUGCUGGCGGUAGCAACGACGCAAAUCUCAUUUUAUUUUACACUAGCUUUUACCCGCGGCUUCGCUCGCGUCACAAAAACAUAAAAGUAGCCUAU